AAAUAAUUCCCCACCCAAUUAGACCACCACCCGUUGGCUCGGCUUGGCUUUCUCCCCUCGCCCCGGGGAACGCGGCCGCCGAUCCGCUCUCGAUCCCCCUCUCUUUCCCGCCGCCCGAUCCCACCAAAUCCGCGCCCGCGCUGCCCCCAAUUCGAUCCCCUAGCUCGAUUGGCCCCUCCCGAUUAGCUGCGGGGCAGGCCGUAUUUGGUUUGAUUCGAUUGGAUUGGAUCCCCGUGCGGAGCUGUGGAUCCCCAAUUGAGCUGCCGCUAGGGUUUCGGCGGGCGCGGUCGCCGUCUGGGCGGGCGGAAGGGUUUUACCAUGGCGGAGAAGAGCUGCCUCAAGCGGCUCCAGAAGGAGUACCACGCGCUCUGCAAGGAGCCGCCGCCGCAGAUCGUGGCUCGCCCGCUGCCCAACGACAUUUUGGAGUGGCACUAUGUUCUGGAAGGAAGUAAAGGCACACCCUUUGAAGGCGGAUAUUACUACGGGAAACUUAAAUUUCCACCAGAUUAUCCUUUUAAACCUCCAAGUAUCAGCAUGACAACCCCUAGCGGCAGGUUUGCUCCACACAAAAGAAUAUGCCUGUCAAUGAGUGACUUUCAUCCUGAAUCUUGGAAUCCAAUGUGGUCUGUAGCAAGCAUUCUUACUGGGCUCUUGUCAUUCAUGAUGGAUGAUGCUCUGACAACUGGAAGCAUCAAGACUUCAGAUGCAGAGAAGAAACGCUUAGCAAAAGCUUCCCUUGCAUACAAUUGUGAGAGCAAAAACUGCCCACACUUCAGGAAACUGUUCCCAGAGUACGUUGAGAAGUACAACCAACAGCAACAAUUGGAGAACACCGCCGCAGAACUAGAGCCCCGUGAGAAUCCUGCUGCCCCUGCUCCAUCUCCUGCAGUCCAGCAAGCUCCAGUUGUGGCCAAUAGAGCGCAGCCAGUGGCAGAGGCACGUCGCGAGAAGAACCAGAAGAAGGCGGUGCCCUUCUGGAUGGUUCUGGUCAUGUUUUCAGUUUUUGGUGCCGUGAUGGCCUUGCCCCUAAUGCAACUUUGACAAUAAUAAAAGACUAUGAGAAAGUGUGAUACCGGGCCGUAAUUUUGUAUAGUUUUAUAUUGGUUUGUGUGACUCAAAUGUCCUCUUGGAGUCAUGUUGGUAAACAUGUGAUGGUAAAUCUGCAGAACCGUAUUCUCACUCUUGACAAGAAGCAUCAGAAGGUUGCUCAUUUUCUUUCUUC